AUGAGAGCCGUGGAGUACAGAGCCGCUGCUGUGGGAACAGUGGAGUGUAGCGUGGGGCACGGCGCAGCCGCCACAGGAGUCUCGGAGCGUGGCCGGGCCACCAAGGAGGAAGUGUCAAAGCAUGAAUCAGAUCAGUGUUGUUCAGUAGCUGCUGGAGUUUCUGACUGUCUGAUAAUCUCCAGCCUCAGUAAUCAGAUCUUUACUGCAUCUUAUGUUUCAGGAGCUUCUGGAGCAAAGUGGAGUAUGAAAUACAUCCAGCAGGGAAUAUGUGCUUUAAAUGGAUCUACAGUGUUUAUGAAUGGAACUUUUACACAUCCAGAACAUCUUACAGUGAAAAAGUCAUUUUGGGUCAUAGACCCAGUUAAGGAUGUUGAUUCACCUGAUCUGAGUACAGUUUCAAAUUUCUCAGGCAGGGUUGAGUAUUUUAUUGAUGAACAGAAAAACUUCGCCCUCAAACUGAGUAACACAAUGAAGAAGGAUGAACAUGAGUACUGCUUCAGAGUCACAACAACUCUAGAAACAGAUAAAUGGAUGGGAACUCCUGGAAUAAAACUCAGAGUUACAGAGCUCCAUGUAGAAUCUCCUGGAGAAGUAACAGAAGGAGUAUCAGCAGUUCUGACGUGUAAAACCACCUGCAGUCUGACUGAUCCAACAUUCAUCUGGUACAAAGAUGGACGUCCUUUAACCACAGAGAUGAUCCAGAAGAAUCAGCAGCUCCACCUGCAGACAGUCAACAGUGAGGAUGCAGGCAGUUAUAGCUGUGCUGUAAGAGGAUCUGAACAUCUCCCCUCUACUGCUCAAACUCUCAGAGUCAGACAUCCUCCAAAGAGCGUCUCAGUGUCCAUCAGUCCCUCUGGUGGAAUAGUGGAGGGAAGUUCAGUGACUCUGACCUGCAGCAGUGAUGGAGACCCACCUGUGGAGAACUACACCUGGUUUAAAGAAGGUGGAGACUCACCUGUAGGAUCUGGACAGAGUUUCAGCAUCAUCAGCAUCACUGCUGAUCACACUGGACUGUACUACUGUGAAGCUCAGAAUGCAGUUGGAGUUCAGAAUGGAUCUGUGAUGAUUCGUGUUCAGAGUAGGAUGAAGAAGAGAGAUGCUGGAUCUGAUCAGGAUGGAUCAGAUCAGGAUGACGUCCAGUACGCCACCGUUACUCACAGCAGAUCCAGACCUGUAGAGACUGCAGGUGAUGCUUCCUCUGGAGCUCCUGAUCAUGAUGAUGAUGUUCAGUACGCUACAGUCAGGACUGGUAGAAAACCUGAUGUUGUGAUCAGAUCUGACCAGCAGGAGGAGCUUCAGUAUGCCAGUGUUACAUUCCACCACCGUCACGCUGAUGCUGCUGCUACUGGGUCACAGAAAGUGGAUGAGGCUUCAGUCAUCUAUGACAGAGUCAAAUAG